AUGGAGAUCGAUUCAGCCGUACGAGAACGUUUGACAAACGCAAAUCAGACACAUUUACUUGCCUAUUGGUCCGAAUUAAACGAUGAACAACGUCGAACGCUUUUACGUGAUAUCAAUGAAGUAGACUUCAAUCGGGUUCAACAAGCCUAUGAUGCUAUCAAACACGAACUAUUUUCCGAACCAAAUGGACACACAAAAAAUGAAAUCUCUGACACUAUUGAUGAUAUCAUGGAGCCAAUUCCUGACCAUAUGGCUGGAUCGAUCAAUGAAGCGAGUCCAGAACAAUUGGAUAAUUAUCGAGAAAAUGGCCUAAAAGCUAUUUCCGAAGGACAAGUUUGUGUGUUAUUACUUGCUGGUGGACAAGGAACUCGUCUUGGUGUCGAUUAUCCAAAAGGAAUGUACAAUGUGGGUUUACCAUCGGGAAAAUCUCUCUACCAGAUUCAAGCUGAACGUAUUCGUCGAUUAGAGCAUCUCGCCAAUGAACAAUUCAACACUGAUAGUGCAACUAUAACAUGGUUCAUUCUAACAAGUGAACACACUCAAGAACAGACAGAAAAAUAUUUCCGUUCGCAUAAAUAUUUCGGUUUAAAACGCGAAAAUAUCAUUCUUUUCGAACAGCACACUCUGCCAGCGUUAAACUUCCAAGGAAAAAUUUUACUCGAAGAGAAGCAUCGAUUAACCAAAGCAGCCGACGGCAAUGGUGGUUUGUAUCGUGCGUUAAGAACUCGCGGAGUACUAGAGAAAAUGGCUGAACGACAUAUCAAAUAUGUGCAUGUCUAUGGUGUUGAUAACAUUCUUGUUCGGUUGGCUGAUCCAGUUUUCAUCGGAUUUUGUCUAGAGAAGAAUGCUGAUUGUGCUGCGAAAGUUGUAAAAAAGACGGUUCCAACUGAAGCUGUUGGCGUUAUUUGUAAAGUCGGUGGUCGAUUUCAAGUGGUAGAGUAUUCUGAGAUUUCAGAAGAAACAGCGAGACGAACGAAGUCCGAAUCAAGUGAUGAAUUGCUAUACAACGCUGGAAACAUUUGUAAUCACUUUUUUACACUCGACUUUCUACAAGAUGUUUGCCAAAAACAUGAAAAUGAGCUUCGCUAUCAUGUAGCAAAGAAGAAGAUUCCUUCUGUUGAUAAUCAUGGCAAUCAUGUUAGUAAACCAACGGAGAUCAAUGGAAUUAAAUUAGAAAAGUUCGUCUUUGACGUCUUCCCAUUUUCAAAAACAUUCGCUGUUUGGGAAGUACGUCGUGAAGACGAAUUUUCACCAUUGAAGAAUGAGUCAGGUGCAAAGGAUACUGCAGCAACAUGUCGUCGAGAUUUAAUGCUUCAACAUGUUCGCUGGCUUCAACAAGCAGGUGCUGAUUUACCAAAUGAUAUUGAAAAACAUAUAGAUACAACCGGCAAAACUUGCGAGAUCUCACCAUUGGUUUCAUAUGCCGGAGAAGAUCUCGAAUUUGCUAAUGGACGAAAACUUGAUUUACCAAUCUUUUUUGAAUUGAAUACAAGUAAAAAUAAUACUAAUAACAGUGUUCCGAGGAAUUUGACAGUAGUCAAUGGUUGUACACCAAUACCCAUUCAAACGAACUGA